AUGUCGAUGUCCUCCAUCAUCGGCGCCGGGGACGACCAGGCCACCCCCGCGUCGUCGGGGGCGACCUACGCCACCCCUAAGGGCGAGGACGCGACGCCGUCCGUGAUGGCGUCGCCGCUGCCGCCGCCACAGCUGGUCGUGGUGGCGCUGGACGCCACGCGGGACCACCGGGAUGACGAGAUCAAAACGGCGUUCAGGAAUUUGGUCGUCGAACGAGGAGACAUACUCCGCGCGUGCGAUUCGCUGCUCGUGCUCGGCGUGCUUCACUCCAUCACCCAUCCAUUGGGCUACCAAACCAAACCGUUUACUGAAUCUUUUGUCGGGACAAGCGACCGAUACCUAGUUGAUCAGGUUUCAAACAUAGCUGAAUCCUACAAAAAUAAGCUCCUACAAGUUAUAGAGAUGCUCCACAAUGUUAAGAUUACUGUGACCCUCAAGAUAAUCCCGGGAGCACCUGCAAAGGUUUUCAUUAUCCAUGAAGUAAAUUCCAGCAAAGCUUCUUGGAUUGUCCUAGAUAGGCACUUCAGGAGAGAUUUCAAGCACUUAGAAAAGCACAUAGCUUGCAAAGUUGCGACAUUUCAGGAUGACUUAAAAGUGCAAUCCUUGAGGUCAAUACGAACAAACCCAUCAAACAAAAGCACAGCUGAAUUGAAGGACGUGCAACGUUUUGCGGUCACGAUGGAUCUGAGUUCUGAGACAGUAAAUGAUGACACUCGCAAGGUAUCAAUCAGGUCAUCGCCUGUAAGCUACCUUGCCUCUCUAUACAACCACGAGAUCCACGAGACCUCCAGUGUGGCUGCAUGCAGUAUGCCAUACUUCAGUGGCAUGUCUCUCACAAUUGACGAUACUGAAUCCCUGUCUAAUGGAAAAUACGAAGAUAAAAUGAGCUCCCAAUAUGAUUCAUCAGAAAGGCCAAUUUUGUGCAUUGGCUGUGGUCUAAAAUCAGUUCUGUACAUAAAGGAAUCCAUGAAAUUCCCAUUCUCGGAGAUUCAAACUGCAACAUCUGACUUCUCAAGUGAAAAUUUGCUGGGUGAGGGUGGAUUUGGGCAUGUGUACAAGGGCCAGCUCAAGGAUGGUCAGGUCAUUGCAGCUAAGCUGCACAAAGAAGCUAGCUCACAGGGUUAUACUGAAUUCUUCUCGGAAGUGCAAGUUCUUAGUUUUGCUCGGCACCGAAAUAUCGUCAUGCUGCUUGGGUACUGCUGCAAAGAAAGCUAUAACAUCUUGGUGUAUGAGUACAUAUGCAACAAUUCCCUCGAGUGGCAUUUAUUUGACAAGUCGGCAUGCUUAUUAGAGUGGCACAAGAGGCAUGCUAUUGCUAUUGGUAUAGCAAAAGGGCUGCGGUUUCUACACGAGGAGUGCCGUGCUGGUCCAAUCAUUCAUCGCGAUUUGCGCCCAAGCAAUGUAUUGUUGACACAUGACUUUGUUCCUAUGCUUGGUGACUUUGGUCUUGCAAAAUGGAAGGCUGGCGAUGAUAACAUCCAAACAAGGAUUCUGGGUCAAACAGGAUGCUUGGCGCCCGAGUAUGCUCAAUAUGGCAUGGUUUCUGUCAGAACAGAUGUCUACGCCUUUGGAAUUGUUCUUUUCCAGCUGAUAUCUGGUCGAAAGGUGCUUGAUGAACAUGGAGGACAGUGCACACAUAUAUUGCAAUGGGCAGAGCCAUUGGUUGAAAGCCUUGCACUUCACGAACUAAUUGAUGAUCGCAUUAAAGACACAUAUGAUGCAUAUGGAUUGUAUCAUCUAGCCAAAACUGCAUAUCUUUGUGUCAGGCCAAACCCAGAGCAGCGGCCUUCUAUGGGAGAGGUUGUUCGCCUUAUUGAGAUAGAAAAUGAACACAUCAGGGAUUUGUCACGACAAUUCAUCCCACAUUUCAUGAAGUGA